AUGUCGGAUCAGAUCAUCAUCGAUUCCCUUCCGGGCUACUCCAGGUUGCCUUGCAAUCAGUGCUUUUUCUUUAGUUCCGCCUUUGGCUGCCGGAAAGGCGCCAAGUGCGCCUUCUGCCAUCACCAAGUGCAGCGUGCCUACCAAGUCACAAGGCACAAUCAGCGGCAAAGGAUCCGCAGGUCGAUGGGGCGGCUGAUUGAACAACUGGAUGUGGUAUCUCAACAGCCCCAGGAGAUUGUACAUCGAUUGCAGAUACAAGCCCUGCGGAAUCCGUAUGCUCGGACUUGGUGCCAGCGACAGAUUGACCAAGCUCUCGAGCAGGUGGAAGCGCAGUACCAAGCCAGAGGAGUAAUUAUCCAGCCUCGAAGAGACAUGGCGAGCUGUGGAGCCAAACUGUGCUUCUCAGUUUGA